AUGGACUACUUUGUCAACAUGAUGACUGGUCUUCCCAUUCCGGGUCCCAACGCUACCGCCGCCGAGAUUACUGCUUUUGCCAUUCCUGCCUGGAAGAAGUCUUUGAUUACCUCUAUUCUUUCCGCAGGUACCUUUUUCGGAGCCAUCAUCGCUGGUGACUUGGCCGAAUUCUUCGGUCGACGUAUCACCAUUGUUGCCGGUUGUGGUGUCUUCAUUGUCGGCUGUAUCCUCCAGACCGCCAGUACUGCCCUCGGCCUCCUCGUUGCGGGACGUCUGAUCUCCGGUUUCGGGGUCCGAGGCGCCAUCGUCUCCGGCUAUCAGUUCUGUAUCACCAUCGGUCUUCUCCUCGCCAGUUGCGUGUGCUACGCUACUGAGAACCGUACCGACAGUGGCUCUUACCGAAUCCCCAUCGCUCUUCAGUUUGCCUGGGCUCUCAUCUUGGGUACCGGUCUCUUGCUUUUGCCCGAGUCCCCUCGAUGGUACGUCAAAAAGUGCAGGGUUGAGGAGGCUACCAAGGCCCUUGCCCGUGUCCGAGGCCAGCCGGUCCAGUCCGACUACAUCAAGGAUGAGAUCACCGAGAUUGUCGCCAACCACGAGUACGAGUCCGAGCUUAUCCCUAACCAAACCUACUUGGGCUCUUGGGCUGCUUGUUUCACUGGUGGUAUCAAGAACCCCCAGUCUAACCUUCGUCGAACUAUCCUCGGUAUUACUCUUCAAAUGAUGCAGCAAUGGACUGGUGUCAACUUCAUCUUCUACUUUGGUACUACUUUCUUUACCGACCUCGGCACCAUUUCCAAUCCCUUCCUCAUCUCCCUCAUCACCACCCUUGUCAACGUCUGCUCUACCCCCAUCUCCUUCUGGACCAUCGAGCGAUUCGGUCGACGACCUCUCCUCAUCUGGGGCGCCCUCGGUAUGUUGAUCUGCGAAUUCAUCGUCGGUGUUAUCGGAGUGGCCAAGCCCGGAGACUCUACCGUCGUCAAGGCUCAGAUCUCCUUCAUCUGUCUUUACAUUUCCCUCUUCGCUUCCACUUGGGGACCUGGUGCUUGGGUCUGCAUCGGUGAGGUCUUCCCCAUUCCCAUCCGAUCUCGUGGUGUUGGUCUUUCCACUGCCUCCAACUGGUUCUGGAACUGUAUCAUCGCCGUCAUCACCCCUUACAUGGUCAGUACCGACCAAGGCGACCUCGGCUCUAAGGUCUUCUUCAUUUGGGGCUCCACCUGUGUUAUCUGCUUCAUCUACGCUUAUUUCUUCGUCUGGGAGACCAAGGGUCUUACCCUCGAGCAGGUUGACAGGAUGAUGGAGGAGUGCGGCUCUCCCCGCCACUCUCCUGGGUGGAGGCCUCAAACCACCUUCACUGCCGAGGUUCUCGGCCGAGACCAGGGUAUCGAAAAGGUCAACAGCCAAGAACAGAACGAGGAAGCUCCUGCCCAUGUCGUUUAG